CAUUUGUAAAUAACGAUGCAUUUGUUCAGUGCCUCUUCUUUAAUCUUAAAUAUUUUAACAAUUCAACUUUUAAUUAAUGGGAUAUGUUCUAAACUUAAUCUUAAAUAUGCUAUUUUGAGGCAAAAGCAAGCAGCUUAUUCAAAAAAUGAGUCUUUUGCCUACCAACAGAGAAUCAAAUAUGAGGCCCAGAAGACCAUGAAAGUUAUUUUUUAUAAGAACAACACCAAAACAUUGGAAACACCAGCUUAUGACGAUACCUAUGAUCUCAAGGGAUCCGGUUGUUCACCUUCUGAAAAAUUCGCAAUAGUUUUACAUGGGUGGAUUCAGAGUUGCUCGGACGAAUGGGCAUUGACUCUUAUUGAUAGGCUUAGUUUCUACCGGGGCGGUUGCGUUAUAUGCAUUGACUACAGUGUAGUGGCCAGUUCUUCAUACAUGAGGUUAUAUACAAACUUCGACACCCUUACUGGAGCCAUAUCGUCAAUAAUUUUAACGCUUUUUAAGCAAGGAUUCGACCCAAAACACGGCUAUAUGUUUGGCUUUAGCUUCGGCGGACAACUGGCUUCAGCAGUGGGGAGAUCUUUGAGGCCUAAUCACAUAAUCGAAAACAUUGAUACGUGCGAUAUGGCUGGACCCGGAUUCGAUCCUAUUGCAACUGAUCACUCGAAAGCAGGAAGACACGUUCAGUGUUUCCACUCGAGUAGGGAUAAAGGCACCUUUGUGUACUCGUGUCACCGGAACGUUAUGCUGGGCAGUUGUGGUCUCAAACAGCCCUCGGUAGCCAGUCAACUUCAUUUGGGAAGCCAUGGGCUUUGCGUCGACAUAUACAUCAAUACCUUUGACUAUCCCUUCUAUGCUUUAAACUCAACGCCUCCAGAGUGCUUUAGCUGGCAAAAAGCAGCCAAGGUACCAGACGGUUAUACAGUUGGUUAUGACGAAAACUUCGACACUCAAGUCACUGGACAGAUCUUUGUCCCAACUAGCUUGCACUACCCAUAUAACCUGUCCAAAAAACAACUUAAGCUGCUGGUAAAAAAUAAUAGUUAGCGCUAUACAGCCGAGUUACCCCUUGCAUUGUCAACGAUAAUUUAAAUCCAUUUCUUUUUAUACUCUUGCAGAAGCUAUUAUAAUUUCAGUCAGAAGUUUGCAACGCAGUGAAGGAGACACAUCUGACCCCAUAGUGUACAUAUAUAUUCUUGAUCAUCAUCUCGAUCUCGAAUACGUCUGUACGUCUGCCCGUUUCUUUGUAAACUAGUCUCAGUUUUAAAGCUAUAUUGCUGAAAAGUUUUCAAAAGUUGUGUAGUUAUUGCAGGCAGUAUAUAAGUCGGAACGGUCCGGAUCGAGCGACGAUAUCGAAAAGCUCCCAUACGAGAGAUCGAAAAAAUUCUCACGCCUUUGUUUUUGAUCAUAUUGACUUGAUUCCUUCCAGAUAGGUGUUUUAGCUACUAUCGAAUUUCGGUUUUAUCAAAAUCGGAUAACUAUAUAAUUUAAUAUAUUAUAUAUUAAUCAACGAAUUUUUUUGUUGUUUUUUAGCAAACAAUCAUCAUUUUUGGAAUAUAGUUCUCUAACGCCUCUCAAAUUUCGAAAUAAAUUUCAUUAAAAAGCAGAACUAAGUGGCAUAGAUUCGACGUUGUUUAGCCUUUAUGUAUUUUGUUCGACAUAUUUGAUGAUUGCAAAGGUAUAUAAGCUUCGGCCCGCGGAAGA